AUGAUUAAGUCAUAUGUAAAAGUGAACAAAUUUACAAACAAUUUUCUACGUCCAAAGAAAAGAAAAAUCAGGUCCAUCAAUGAGUCAAAAGUGGAAAAAAAGGUCGGAAGCCUAUUGAACAAUGUUGAAGAUGGAGUAUCUUCAUUAUUUGGCCCGAACUCAGAAGAAAAUAUACACAAAGACGAUAAAUUCCCUAAAAUUAAACCCAAGGAACCUGACGGUAAAAAUACAAAACCACCGAUUGGGGUGAAUUCUGAUACAUCCAACAACAAAGCAACAUCUAAAAAAUCACAAGCGAACGAUAAAAAACAACCUUCAGAAACUGCCGAGUCGAAAGAUAAAAAAGAAGAUAUUAACGAAUCAAGUAAAGAUAAAACAGAACUGUUGGAGGAAAAUAUAACACAUGACUCAAAUAACCUCAACGCCAAUGGAAAUGGACUGAAACCUGUCCAAACUACUUCAGUUGCGAAAAUUGAAAAAGAAUCAAAUAAAGUAGAUAAAACUACAGAAAAACCCGCUUCGUUAUCAUCAAAAAAGGAUGAAAAUCGAAAAGCUGAGAAUCCUGUCAAUGGUGGAAUCCAGACAAAUUCAGGAAAGUCAACUACAAGUAAUACACCAGAUGGCACUAGUGGUAACAUGAUCCUCCCAACUAGUACACAACGAUCAGAAACAUUGGAAAAAGAAAAAGCAGCUAUUGGAGAUACCGGUAAAAAAAAUAAUGGAAAUGAUCCGUCCUCAAAACUCAGUGAAGAAAAAAAUGAUAAAGCAGAUGGGACCAGCCCCCAGAAAUUAUCAAAAGGAGUUUUGGGUGUCCCUCCUAAGAAAACCAUGAGUAAGCAAGCGACAAACAUGCUUUUCCCUAAUCCAAUAGCGGACCAAUCAGCAUCAACUGACAACCUUGUCAGCAGUUCUAAAAAAGAAAAAACUCCUAACAAUAAUAAAAUUGAUCGAACGAAAACUACUGCUGCAGAGGAGGAUCAUAUGAUACCAAACACCCCAGGCCAUUUGAGAAUUCGAGAAACCAACGAUUUGCCUGAAAAAAUUAAUAACUUCUUUAAAGAACAAUCUGAAACAACUAUUGCAAAAAGCACUACUAUAUAUAGCAGAACAGCAUUUGGGAAACAAGAAACUGAGCAAGCGGCCACUAAAGUACCUUCAAGCUCGCCAAAGCAGCCAAUUGUCGAUACUUCUCAUUCGAAGAAAAAACCUUCAGAGAAUGAGAAUAAUAGAGCUUCGCUUUCGAAUACUGAAGAAAAACCUGUAAAUAGUAGAAAGAUCGCAACUGACAAGCGAGACGAUAUUCACCAACUUUCGUCGGAGUCAAUAAACCAUGGGCUAGAACCAGAUGACCCAGCGAUCGACAGUUCUGAUUUAGAACAAUCGGUAUUGAAAAAAAGAGAAAAUGAAGCUUCAGUUAAGGAUGACAAACAUUCAGAAGUAUUGAACGUAAACAACAUUUCUGGAAGAACAGAUGUAGCAUCAAAAAAGAGUAACAAUGCAGAUUCCAGUUCGAGUGGUGGAAGUACUUCCGUAAAUAGCAAAAACUCAGAUCGCCAUUCUUCUGAGGUUUCUGAUCCCAAGAAGCUAGAAUCAAAAAAGCAAGCAAGCCCAACAUCUAAGAAAAAAGCUAUGGAAAUAUCGUUAUCAUACGAAGUUUCUGGCGACAAAGAACAUACCACCCAGAAGACUACUUCAACACAAUCACAGACGAACGGUCUUAUUAUAACCAAUGAGAUGACCAUAGAUGCGAUACAAGGUACACUGCGACCGACCACAGUUGCCAUUACAACCAGUAAAAAAGCUACGACGGCUAGACCCGAAGCUAUGCAAAAAACUACCUUACUUUCCAAGACUAGUAAAGGUCAAUUGACAAGUCAUCACCAAACUGUUGAUACUUCUGUGACAAGUGAAUCAAAGAAAGGUAAAAAUAAUGUUUUCACUCUCAACCAACCACCUACUAACGACAUUUCAGGCAAAACAGGAAAUAACAUCCAUACCACUAAAAACUUUCGAGAACAUAAUGCAAUAGAAUCACUUUCGACUACUGAAACUAUCUCUACAGCAAAUGAAAGAACAAACACUGAAAAACAAGAAAAUAUUCAAACCACUCGUGUCCGUUCAAUGACCAGUACAGAAGGUCAACCGACAACAGAUCUCCGAACUCUAGAUACUUCUAAAACGAGUGAAACACCAUCCAAAAAAGGUGAAAACACUGUUUCCACUACCAACCUAAAACAUACUUACGAAAUUACAGACAGUACCGAAAAUAGUAUCCAUAAUUCCAAAGCUAUUCCAUCACUGUCUACUGAAAGUACCAUUGCAAAAAAUAAAACAAAAAUCACUGAAAGUCCAAAAGCUACAGAAACCCCUACUGACCUUCACACGAACACUAAUGAACGAACCACCACUGAUAAAUCAGAACCUAAGCAAGCCACUUUCCCUUCCAAGACCAAAAUUAACUCUCAAACAAUAACACAUCAUCAAACAAUCAAUAGUCAUGCAACAAGUGAAACAAUAUCAGAGGGAAGUCAAACUCUAGUUCAUCUUUCUGACCUCACUUCAACCAAAAGUAUUAAUGACGAAACGGACCAAACACCCCAAUCAUUCAAAGACGAACAAACUGCAACAGAAUCUUGGUUUAGUACUGAAGGUACCGCUACAACAGGUAAAACAACUACUAUCUCUGAAAACACGGAAUCCAAGCAAGCCAAAACUGUUCUUUCCGAGAAUACAACGAAAACUCAAUCAAAAACAAAUCUCCAACCAAUCGAUAGUUCUGCAACGAGUGCAACAAAAUCAGAUAAAAGUCGAACUAUUAUUCCCACUUCCGAUCAUAUUACAACCGAAACUAUUACUGACAAAAAGAAAGAUACACGCCAUACUUCCAAAACCGUGCAGAAAGAACCUGCCCCAGAAUCACAGUCGAAUAUUGAAGGUACCCCUACAACAAGUGAAACAACAAACUCUAUUGAAAAACCAGUAUCUUCGCAAGCCACAACUGUCCUUUCCAAAACCAUAAUUAACUCUCAAUCAAUAACAGAUCACCAAAGAAUCGACAGUCCUGCUACGAAUGCAGCUAUAUCAGAAAAAGGUCGAACUAUAGUUUCAAUUUCCAAUCAUACUACAACCGAAAAUAUUACUAAGCAAAUUGAAGAUACACUUAAUACUGCCAAAGACACUCAUACAGAACCUGCGAUAGAAUCACGGUCGAGCACUGAAGAUACCACUACAAUAAGCGAAAGAACCACCUCAGAAAAACAAAAUCCAAUGCUUACUACAACUAUUCUUUCCAAGACCACAACUAAUGCAGCUGUCAAGGUCCCUUCAACGAAAAAUCAAUCGUCAACAGCUCAACAAACAUUUGAUAGUUCUGGGGCGAAUCCAACAGCAUCAGACAAAAGACAAACUGCUAUUCCCAAUUCUGACCGCACACAUUACAAAGAUAUUUCUGGCAAAACUGGAGAAGCUUUCGAUAACUCUAAAUACGUUAAAGAACACACUACAACAAAAUCACUAUCGAGUACUGAACGGGUCACUAUAACGAGUAAACAUACCACAACUGAAAAACCAAAAUCAACUCAAGCUGUCACUUCCCCUUCCAAAACUACAACGAAGACUCAAUCGACAACAGCUCAGCAAACAGUCGAUAAAUCUGGGAUUGCAUCAGUUUCAGAGCAAGGUCAAACUACAGUUUCCACUUCCGACCUUACGCAUUCCAAAGAUAUUUUUGACGAAACUGAAAAUACUCCGAAUAGCUCAAAAAGCAUUCAAGAACACAGAGCAACAGAAUCAAUAUCGAGAACUACUACAACAAGUGAAACGACCACCACUGAAAAACAAAUAUCUGCGCAAAUUACCACAGCCUCUUCCAGAACAACAACGAAGACAACAGAUCAGCACACAGUCGAAAAUUCUGAGACGACUGCUCCAGUUUCAGUGAAAGUUCAAACUACAGUUCUUACUUCCGACCUUACUCUAUCCAAAGAAAUUCCUGACAAAACUGAAGAUACUCUUCAUAACUCAAACAAUGUUCAAGAACGCAGAGCAACAGAAUCACUCUCGAGAAUUCAAAGACCAACUACAACAAUCGAAACUACCACCACUGAAAAACAUAAAUCCAAGCCACCAGCUACUUCUGUUCCUUUCCUAACCACAAAAAAAGCAGAAUUGGCAACAGAGCACCAAACAAUCGAUAGUUCCAGGCCGAGUACAACAGUAUCAGAGGAGGGUCAAACUAGAGUAUCCGCUUCUGACCAUACACAUUCCAAAAAAUUUUCUGGCGAAAAUCAAGGUACUCCAAAUACCUCAGAAGAAGUUCAAAGACGCAGAGCAAGGGAAUCACUGUUGGAAACUGAAGGUCCCACUACUGCAAAUGUGAUUAUCACAACUGAAAAACCAAAAUCAAGGCAAGCUACUACUGUCCCUGCCGAAACUACAAAAAAAGCCGAAACGGUAACAGAGCGCCAAAUCGUCCAUAGUUUUGGGACUAUUACAACAACAUCAGGAAAAAAAGAAACUACCAUUCCCAUUUCCGAAUUUACACAUGCCAACGACAUAUCUGGAAAAACUGAAGACACAGUUCACACCACCAAAGACAAUCAAGAACACACGGCAACAAUAUCACCGUCGAGUACAGAAGAUACCACCAAAACAAGUGAAACUACAACCACUGAAAAACCAAAAUCUACGCAAGAAACUACUGUUUCUUCCAAAGCCACCAAGAAAGCUGAAUCAACGACAGAGCACAAAACACUCGAUAGUUCAGGGACGAGUGCAACAAUAUCACAAAAAAAACUAACCACUGUUCAUACUUCCGACCCCAAUAAUUCCAACGAUAUUUCUGUCAAAACUGGAGAUACUCUCGAAACAUCUGAAGAGGUUCAAAAACACAGAGCAACAGAAACACUCUUCACUAAUGAAAGCACCACUACAACAAUUGAAACUACUACCAUUGAUGAACCAAAAUCUUCCCAAAGUACUGUUGUCCCUUUCAAAACCACAACCAAGACAAUAGAUCAUCAAACAGUCGAUACUUCUGGGGAGAGUUCAACACUAUCGGGGAACGAACAAACUGCUGUUAUGACUUCUGAACUCACACAUUCCAUCGAUAUUUCUGCCAAAUCUGAAGAAACUGUCCAUACCCCUGAAGACGUCCAAGAUCACACAACAGAAUCACUGUCGAGUACUCAGAACACCACUACAAGUGGAACUACAACCACUAAAAAACCAAAAUCAAAUCGAGCUACCACCUCUCAUUCCAAAACUACAACGAAGGCUGAUGAAUCAGUAACAGAACACCAACCAUUCGAUAGUUCUGGGACGAGUGCAACAGUAUCAAAGAUACUACAAACUACUGUUCCCACUUCUGACCUCACACAUUCCAACGAUAUCUCUGACAAAACUGAAGAUACCCACCAUACCUCUGUAGAGACAGAAGAGCACACAACAAGUGGCUUACUGCCUAGUACUGAAGGCACCACUACAACAAGUGGAACAACCACCACUGAAAACCCAAAAUCAACGCAACCAACCACUGCUCCUUCAAGAACUACAAAGAAAGCUGAGUCAGCAACAGAGCAUCAAACAGUCGAUAGUUCUGGGACGAGUGCAACAGUAUCAGAGAAAGGACAAACUAUUGUUUCCAGUUCUGAUCCCACACUUUCCAAACAUAUUUCUAGCAAAACUGCAGAUUCUCGCCAUACAUUUAAAGACGUCCAAGAACACACAGCAACAGAAGCACUAUUGAGUACUGAAGGCACCACUACAACAAGUGGAACUACCACCACUGAAAAACCAAAAUCAAAGCAAGCAACUACUGUCCCUUAUAACACCACAAAGACAGAAUCAGCAAUAGAUCACUAUGCAAGCGAUAUUUCUAGGACAAGUGCAAGAGUGUCAGAGAAAACAAGAGCUACAAUUUCCACUUCCGGCCUAACACAUUCCAACGGUAUUUCUGGUCAAACAGGAAAUACUCCUAAAGCCGAUAAGACAAGACAAGAACAAAUAUUAACAAAAUCAGAUUCGACUAGUGAAGGCAGCACUAAAAUAAGAAAAACCACCACCACUGAAAAACCAAAAUCUACUGUCCCUUCCAAGGUUACAACGAAGGCUGAGUCAGGAACAAAGCAUCAAACAGUGGAAGGUUCUGAAACGAGUGCAACAAUAUCAGAGAAAGGGCCAACUACUGUACACACUUCUGAUUUCACACAUUCGCAGGAAAUUUUUGCCAAAACUGAAGAUACUCUCAAUACCUCUGUAGAGAGAGAAUCACUGGCGAGUACUGAAGGCACCACUACAACAAAUGGAACUACCAAUACUGAAACAACUACAACAGAACCACUGUUGAGUACUGAAAGUACCACUACCAUCAGUGAAACUACCACCACUGUAAAACCAAAAUCAACGCAAGCUACCACUGUCCCUUUCAAAACUACAACGAAGGCUGGUUUUGAAACAGAGCACCAAACAGUGGAUAGUUCUGGGACGAGUCCAACAGUAUCAGAAAAAGAACAAACUACUGUUUCUACUUCUGAUCUCACACAUUCGAACGAUAUUUCUGGCAAAACUGAAGAUACCGAACAUACCUCAGGAGAUGUCCAAGAACAGACAACAAGAGAAUCACUGUCGAGUACUGAAAGCGCUACUACAACUGAGACAACCAGUGAAACUACCACCACUGAAAAACCAAAAUCAACGCAAGCUACCACUGUCCCUUUCAAAGCUACAACGAAGGCUGAUUCUGCAACAGAGCACCAAACAGUAGAUAGUUCUGGGACGAGUCCGACAGUAUCAGAGAAAGGACAAACUACUGUUUCCACAUCUGAUCUCACACAUUCGAAAAAUAUUUCUGGAAAAACAGGAGAUGUCCAAGAACACACAACAAGAGAAUCAGCGACGAGAACUGAAAGCACCACCACAACAAGUGGAACAAUCUCAACUGAAAAAUCAAAAUCAACGCAAGCUACCACUGUCCCUUUCAAAACUACAACGAAGGCUGAUUCUGCAACAGAGCCCCAAACAGUAAAUAGUUCUAAGACGAGUAAAACAGUUUCAGAAAAAGAACAAACAACUGUUUCCACUUCUGAUCUCACACAUUCGAAAUAUAUUUCUAGCAAAACAGAAGAUACACAACUUACCUUUAGGGACGUCCAAAAAAACACAAAAGGAGAAUCACCGCCGAGUACUGAAAGCGCCACUACAACUGUGACAACCAGUGAAACUACUACCACUGAAAAACCAAAAUCAACGUAUGCCACUACUGCCCCCUCCAGAACUACAAAGAAGGCUGAGUCAACAACACAGCAUCAAACAGCCGAUAGUUCUGGGACGACUGCAACGUUAUCAGAAAAAGGACAAACUACUGUUGCCACUUCUGGUAUCACACAUUCCAGAGAUAUUCCUGGCGAAACAAAAGAUACCCAACAUACCUCUGGAGACGACCAAGAGCACACAACAACAUCAUUGUCGAGUACUGAAGGAACCACCACAACGGGUGGGACUACCAUAACUGAAAAACCAAAAUCAAAGCAAGCUUCCACUACCGCUUUCAAAACUACAACGAAGGCUGAUUUAACAACAGAGCAUCAAACAGCCUAUAGUUCUGAGACGACUGCAACGAUAUCAGAAAAAGGACAAACUACUGUUGCCACUUCUGGUGUCACACAUUCCAGAGAUAUUUCUGGCAAAACUGAAGAUACCCAACAUUCCUCUGGAGACGUCACAGAACACACAACAACAUCAUUGUCGAGUACUGAAGGAACCAUCACAACGAGUGCAACUACCACAACUGAAAAACCAAAAUCAACGCAAGCUACCACUGCCCCUUUCAAAUCUACAACGGAGGCUGAUUCAACAACAGAGCACCAAACAGUCGAUAGUUCUGGGAUGAGUCCAACAGUAUCAGAAAAAAGGCAAACUACUGUUGCCACUUCUGAUCUCACACAUUCGAGAGAUAUUUCUGGCAAAACUGAAGAUACACAAAAUACCUCUAGAGACGUCCAAGAACACACAACAAGAGAAUCACCGCCGAGUACUGAAAGCUCCACCACAACAAGUGGAACUUCCACAACUGAAAAACCAAAAUCAACGCAUGCCACUACUACCCCUUCUAGAACUACAAAGAAGGCUGAUUCAACAACAGAGCAUCAAACAGACGAUAGUUCUGGGACGACUGCAACGAAAUCAGAAAAAGGACAAACUACUAUUUCCACUUCUGAUCUCACACAUUCGAACGAUACUUCUGGCAAAACUGAAGAUACUCAACAUACCUCUGGAGACAUCCAAGAAAACACAACAAGAGAAUCAACGCCGAGUACUGAAAGCACCACCAUAACAAGUGGAACCACUGCCACUAAAAAACCAAAAUCAACGCAAGCUGCCACUGCCCCUAUCAAACUUACAACGAAGGCUGAUUCAACAACAGAGCACAAAACAGUCGAUAGUUCUGGGACGACUGCAAAAAUAUCAGAAAAAGGACAAAUUACUGUUGCCACUUCUGGUGUCACCUAUUCCAGUGAUAUUUCUGGCGAAACUGAAGAUGCCCAACAUACCUCUGGAGACGUCCAAGAACACACAACUACAUCAUUGUCGAGAACUGAAGGCACCACUACAACGAGUGGAACUACCACAACUGAAAAACCAAAAUCAACGCAAGCUACCACUGCCCAUUCCAAAACUACAACAGCACAUCAAACAGUCGAUAGUUCUGGAACGACUGCAACGAUAUCAGAAAAAGGACCAACCACCGUUUCCACUUCUGUUUUCACACAUUCCAGCGAUAUUUCUGGCAAAACUGAAGAUACCGAACAUACCUCUGGAGACGUCCAAGAACACACAACCAGAAGAACACCGCCGAGUACUGAAGGCACCACAACAACAAGUGGAACUACCACAACUGAAAAACCAAAAUCAUCGCAAGCUACUACUGCCCCUUCAAAAACUACAACGAAUGCUGAUUCAACAACAGAGCACCAAACAGUAGAUAGUUCAGGGACGAGUGCAACGAUAUCUGAGAAAGAACAAACUACUGUUUCCAUUUCUGAUCUCACACAUUCCAAAGAUAUUUCUGGCAAAACUGAAGAUACCCAACAUACCUCUGAAGGCAUCCAAGUACACACAACAAGAGAAUCGCCGUCCAGUACUGAGAGCACCACCACAACAAAUGGAACCACCGCCACUGAAAAACCAAAAUCAACGCAAGCUACCACUGUCCCUUCCAAAACUACCACGAAUUCUGAUUCAACAACAGAGCACCAAACAGUAGAUAGUUCUGGGACGAGUGCAACGAUAUCUGAAAAAGAACAAACUACUGUUUCCACUUCUGAUCUCACACAUUCCAAAGAUAUUUCUGGCAAAACUGAAGAUACCCAACAUACCUCUGGAGACGUCCAAGAACACACAACAACAUCAUUGUCGAGUACUGAAGGCACCACCACAACGAGUGGAACUACCACAACAACUGGAACUACCACAACUGAAAAACCAAAAUCAACGCAAGCUACCACUGCCUCUUUCAAAACUACAACGAAGACUGAUUCAACAACAGAGCACCAAACAGCCGAUAGUUCUGGGACGACUGCAACGAUAUCAGAAAAAGGACAAACUACUGUUGCCACUUUUGGUCUAACACAUUCCAGCGAUAUUUCUGGCAAAACUGAAGAUGCCCAACAUACCUCUGGAGACGUCCAAGAACACACAACAACAUCAUUGUCGAGUACUGAAGGAACCAUCACAACGAGUGGAACUACCACAACUGAAAAACCAAAAUCAACGCAAGCUACCACUGCCCAUUCCAAAACUACAACAGAACAUCAAACAGUCGAUAGUUCUGGAACGACUGCAACGAUAUCAGAAAAAGGACCAACCACCGUUUCCACUUCUGUUCUCACACAUUCCAGCGAUAUUUCGGGCAAAACUGAAGAUACCGAACAUACCUCUGGAGACGUCCAAGAACACACCUCUGGAGACGUCCAAGAACACACAACAACAUCAUUGUCGAGUACUGAAGGCACCACUACAACGGGUGGAACUACCACAACUGAAAAACCAAAAUCAACGCAAGCUACCACUGCCUCUUUCAAAACUACAACGAAGGCUGAUUCAACAACAGAGCACCAAACAGCCGAUAGUUCUGGGACGACUGCAACGAUAUCAGAAAAAGGACAAACUACUGUUGUCACUUCUGGUAUCACACAUUCCAGACAUAUUUCUGGCAAAACUGAAGAUACCCAACAUACCUCUGUAGACGUCCAAGAACACACAACAAUAUCAUUGUCGAGUACUGAAGGCACCACCACAACGAGUGAAAUUACCACAACUGAAAAACCAAAAUCAACGCAAGCUACCACUGCCUCUUUCCAAACUACAACGAAGGCUGAUUCAACAACAGAGCACCAAACAGCCGAUAGUUCUGGGACGACUGCAACGAUAUCAGAAAAAGGAGAAACUACUGUUGCCACUUCUGGUCUCACACAUUCCAGAGAUAUUUCUGGUAAAACUGAAGAUACCCAACAUACCUCUGGAGGCGUCCAAGAACACAUAACAACAUCAUUGUCGAGUACUGAAGGAACCACCACAACGAGUGGAAAUACCACAACAACAUCAUUGUCGAGUGCUGAAGGCACCACUACAACGAGUGGAACUACCACAACUGAAAAACCAAAAUCAACGCAAGCUACCACUGCCCCUUUCAAAACUACAACGAAGGCUGAUUCAACAACAAAACACCAAACAGCCGAUAGUUCUGGGACGACUGCAACGAUAUCAGAAAAAGGAGAAACAACUGUUGCCACUUCUGGUCUCACACAUUCCAGAGAUAUUUCUGGGAAAACUGAAGAUACCCAACAUACCUCUGGAGACGUCCAAGAACACACAACAACAUCAUUGUCGAGUACUGAAGGAACUACCACAACGAGUGGAACUACCACAACAACAUCAUUGUCGAGUACUGAAGGCACCACUACAACGGGUGGAACUACCACAACUGAAAAACCAAAAUCAACGCAAGCUACCACUGCCCCUUUCAAAACUACAACGAAGGCUGAUUUAACAACAAAGCACCAAACAGCCGAUAGUUCUGGGACGACUGCAACGAUAUCAGAAAAAGGACAAACUACUGUUGCCACUUCUGGUCUCACACAUUCCAGAGAUAUUUCUGGUAAAACUGAAGAUACCCAACAUACCUCUGGAGGCGUCCAAGAACACACAACAACAUCAUUGUCGAGUACUGAAGCAACCACCACAACGAGUGGAACUACCACAACAACAUCAUUGUCGAGUACUGAAGGCACCACUACAACGGGUGGAACUACCACAACUGAAAAACCAAAAUCAACGCAAGCUACCACUGCCCCUUUCAAAACUACAUCGAAGGCUGAUUCAACAACAAAGCACCAAACAGCCGAUAGUUCUGGGACGACUGCAACGAUAUCAGAAAAAGGACAAACUACUGUUGCCACUUCUGGUAUCACACAUUCCAGAGAUAUUUCUGGCAGAACUGAAGAUACCCAACAUGCCUCUGGAGACGUCCAAGAACACACAACAACAUCAUUGUCGAGUACUGAAGGCACCACUACAACGAGUGGAACUACCACAACAACAUCAUUGUCGAGUACUGAAGGCAUCACUACAACGAGUGGAACUACCACAACUGAAAAACCAAAAUCAACGCAAGCUACCACUGCCCCUUUCAAAAUUACAACGAAGGCUGAUUUAACAACAAAACACCAAACAGCCGAUAGUUCUGGGACGACUGCAACGAUAUCAGAAAAAGGAGAAACUACUGUUGCCACUUCUGGUCUCACACAUUCCAGAGAUAUUUCUGGUAAAAUUGAAGAUACCCAACAUACCUCUGGAGGCGUCCAAGAACACACAACAACAUCAUUGGCGAGUACUGAAGGAACCACCACAACGAGUGGAACUACCACAACAAUAUCAUUGUCGAGUACUGAAGGCACCACUACAACGGGUGGAACUACCACAACUGAAAAACCAAAAUCAACGCAAGCGACCACUGCCCCUUUCAAAACUACAACGAAGGCUGAUUUAACAACAAAGCACCAAACAGCCGAUAGUUCUGGGACGACUGCAACGAUAUCAGAAAAAGGACAAACUACUGUUGCCACUUCUGGUAUCACACAUUCCAGAGAUAUUUCUGGUAAAACUGAAGAUACCCAACAUACCUCUGAAGACGUCCAAGAACACACAACAACAUCAUUGUCGAGUACUGAAGGCACCACUACAACGAGUGGAACUACCACAACAACAUCAUUGUCGAGUACUGAAGGCACCACUACAACGAGUGGAACUACCACAACUGGAAAACCAAAAUCAACGCAUGCCACUACUGCCCCUUCUAAAACUACAGAGAAGGCUGAUUCAACAACAGAGCAUCAAACAGCCGAUAGUUCUGGGACGACUGCAACGAUAUCAGAAAAAGGACAAACUACUGUUGCCACUUCUGGUAUAACACAUUCCAGAGAUAUUUCUGGCAGAACUGAAGAUACCCAACAUACCUCUGGAGACGUCCAAGAACACACAACAACAUCAUUGUCGAGUACUGAAGGCACCACCACAACGAGUGGAACUACCACAACAACUGGAACUACCACAACUGAAAAACCAAAAUCAACGCAAGCUACCACUGCCCCUUUCAAAACUACAACGAAGGCUGAUUCAACAACAGAGCACCAAACAACCGAUAGUUCUGGGACGACUGCAACGAUAUCAGAAAAAGGACAAACUACUGUUUCCACUUCUGAUCUCACACAUUCCAGAGAUAUUUCUGGCAAAACUGAAGAUACCCAACAUACCUCUGGCGACGUCCAAGAACACACAACAACAUCAUUGUCGAGUACUGAAGGCACCACCACAACGAGUGGAACUACCACAACAACUGGAACUACCACAACUGAAAAACCAAAAUCAACGCAAGCUACCACUGCCCCUUUCAAAACUACAACGAAGGCUGAUUCAACAAUAGAGCACCAAACAGCCGAUAGUUCUGGGACGACUGCAACGAUAUCAGAAAAAGGACAAACUACUGUUGCCACUUCUGAUCUCACACAUUCGAGAGAUAUUUCUUGCAAAACGGAAGAUACGAAACAUACCUCUGGAGACGUCCAAGAACACACAACAACUUCAUUGUCGAGUACUGAAGGAACCAACACAACGAGUGGAACUGCCACAACUGAAAAACCAAAAUCAACGCAAGCUACCACUGCCCCUUUCAAAACUACAACGAAGGCUGAUUCAACAACAGACCACCAAACAGCCGAUAGUUCUGGGACGACUGCAACGAUAUCAGAAAAAGGACAAACUACUGUUGCCACUUCUGGUCUCACACAUUCCAGAGAUAUUUCUGGCAAAACUGAAAAUACCCAACAUACCUCUGGAGAUGUCCAAGAACACUCAACAACAUCAUUGUCGAGUACUGAAGGAACCACCACAACGAAUGGAACUACCACAACUGAAAAACCAAAAUCAACGCAAGCUACCACUGCCCCUUUCAAAACUACAACGAAGGCUGAUUCAACAACAGAGCACCAAACAGUCGAUAGUUCUGGGACGAGUUCAACAGUAUCAGAAAAAGGACAAACUACUGUUUCCACUUCUGAUUUCACACAUUCCAGAGAUAUUUCUGGGAAAACUGAAGAUACACAACAUACCUCUGGAGACGUCCAAGAACACACAACAACAUCAUUGUCGAGUACUGAAGGCACCACCACAACGAGUGGAACUACCACAACUGAAAAACCAAAAUCAACGCAAGCUGCCACUGCCCUUUUCGAAACUACAACGAAGGCUAAUUCUGCAACAGAGCACCUAACAGUAGAUAGUUCUGGGACGAGUGCAACAGUAUCAGAGAAAGGAAAAACUACUGUUGCCACUUCUGACCUCACACAUUCGAACGAUAUUUCUGGCAAAACUGAAGAUACCCAACAUACCUCCAAAGACAUCCAAGAAGACACAACAAUAUCAUUGUCGAGUACUGAAGGCUCCACCACAACAAGUGGAACUUCCACAGCUGAAAAACCAAAAUUAACGCAAUCUACCACUGCCCUCUCCAGAACUACAACAGAACAUCAACCAGUCGAUAGUUCUGGAACGACUGCAACGAUACCAAAAAAAGGACAUACUACUAUUUCCACUUCUGUUCUGACACAUUCCAACGAUAUUUCUGGAAAAACAUUCCAUACCUCUCAAGACAUCCAAGAACACACAACGAAAGAAUCACCGCCAGAUACGGAAGACACCACUACAACAAGUGAGAUCACAGCCACUGAAAAACGAAAAUCAACACAAGCUACCACUGUCGUUUCCAAAACUACAACGAAGGCUGUUUCUGCAACAGAGCUCCAACCAGUAGAUAGUUCUGGGACGAGUUCAACAGUAUCGGACAAAAGACAAACUACUGUUCACACUUCUGAUCUCACACAUUCGAAGGAUAUUUUUGACAAAACUGAAAAUAAUCACCAUACCUCUGUAGAGACAGAAUCACUGUCGAGUACUAAAGGCACCAUUACAAUUGGAACUACCACCACUGAAAAAUCAAAAUCAACGCAUGCUACCACUGCACCUUCCAAAACUACAAUGAAGACUGAAACGAUUGCAACAGUAUCAGAUAAACGACACACUGAUGUUACCACUUCUGAUCUCACACAUUCCAACAAAAUUUCUGGUAAAACUGAAGAUACUCUACAAACCUCUGAAGUAGUCCAAGAACACAAAGCAACUGUAUCAUUGUCAAGUACUGAAGGAACCACUACAACAAGUGAAACUACCACCACUGAAAAACCAAAAUCAACGCAAGCUGCCACUGCCCCUUCCAAGGACACAACGAAUGCUGAUUCUGCAACAGAGCAACAAAUAGACGAUAGUUCUGUAACGAGUGUUACAGUAUCAGAAAGAGGACAAACUACUGUUGCCAUUUCUGAUCUCACACAUUCCAACGAUAUUUCUGGAAAAACUGAAGAUACCCUCCAUACAACUGUAGACAUUCAAGAACACACAACAAGAGAAUCAUCGCCGAGUACUGAAGGCACCACUACAACAAGUGGAACCACCGCCACUGAAAAACCAAAAUCAACGCAAGCUACCACUGCCACUUCCAAAACUACAAUGAAGGCUGAUUCUGCAACAGAGCACCCAACAGUCGACAGUUCUGGAACGAGUGCAACACUAUCAGAGAAAGGAUAUAGUACUGUUCCCACGUCUGAUCUCACACAUGCCAACGAUAUUCUUGGCGAAACUGAAGAUACCCUCCAUACCACUGUGGACAUUCAAGAACACACAACAAGAGAAUCACCACCGAGUACUGAAGGCACCACUACAACAAGUAGAACCACCGCCACUCAAAAACCAAAAUCAACCCAAGCAACCACUGCUCCUUCCAAAACUACAACAAAGGCCGAUUCUGUAACCGAGCACCAAACAAUCGAUAGUUCUGGGACGACUGCAACGGUAACAGAGAAAGGACAAACAACUGUUCACACUUCUGAUCUCACGCAUUACAACGAUAUUUCUGGUAAAACAGAAAAUAAUGUACAUACCUCUGAACACGUCCAAGAACAUAGAGAAAAAAGUGGAGCUACUUCCACUGAAAAUCCAAAAUCAACGCAAGCUUUCACUGUCCCUUCCAAAACUACAACAAAGACUCUAUCGACAACAGAUCAUCAAAUUGUCGAUAGUUCUGGGACGAGUGCAAGAGUAUCAGAGAAAGGACAAACUACUGUUCCCACUUCUGAUGUCACACAUUCCAACGAUUUCUCUGACAAAACUGAUAAUACCCUCCAUACCUCUGAAGACGUCCAAGAACAAACAACAAGAGAAUCACCGUCGAGUAUAGAAGGCACCGCUACAACCAGUGAAACUACCACCACUGAAAAACCAAAAUCAAAUCAAGCUACCAUCACUGAAAAACCAAAAUCGAGUCAAGCUAACACUGCUUUUUCCAAAACUACAACAAAACCUCUAUCGACAACAGAUCAUCAAAUUAUCGAUAAUUCUGGGACGAGUGCAACAGUACCAGAGAAAGGACAAACUACUGUUUCCACUUCUGAUCUCACACAUUCCAACGAUUUCUCUGACAAAACUGAAGAAACCCUCAAUACGUCUGAAGACGUCCAAGAGCACACAGCAACAGAAUCACUGUCGAGUAGUGGCACCACUACAACAAAAGAAACUACCACCAUUGAAAAACCCAAGUCUACGCAAGCUAUUACCCCUUCCGAAACCACAGCUAAGGGUGAAUCAGCAACGGAGCACCAAACAAUGAAUACUUCUGAUACGAGACCAACAAUAUCAGAGAAAAUACAAACUACUGUUCCUACUUCUGAUUUCACACAUUCGAACGAUAUUUCUGGCAAAAAUGGAGAUACUUUUCAUACCUCUGAAGACGUUCAAGAACGCACAGCAACAGAAUCACUGUCGAAUACUGGAAGUACUACUACAACAAAUGAAAAUAGCAGCACUGAAAAACAAAAAUCUACGCAAACUACAACUAUCUCUUCCAAGACCACGAAUAAAGAAUCAGCAACAGAUCACCAAGCAUUCAAUAGUUCUGGGACGAGUGCAACAGUAUCAGAGAAAUUACAAACUACUGUUCCCAUUUCCGACCUUCUUUAUACCAAAGUUGUUUCUGACCAAACUGAAUAUACAGAAUCAUUGUCGAUUACUGAAAGUACCAUCACAACCAGUGAAACAAUCACCAUUCUAAAACAAGAAUCUACAGCUACAACUUCCAAAUUCACAACGAAGACUCAAUCAACAACAGAUAACCAAAUAGCCAAUGGCUCUACAACGAGUGCUGUAGCAUCAGGGAAAUAUCAAACUACAGUAUUCAGUUCCAGCAAAGCAAAUACUAAAGGCAUUUUUGGAAAAACAGACGAUUUUUUUCAUAUGACCGAAGAUAUUCCUGAAUCCACUACAACAGAGUCACUUUCGACUGUUGAGAGUACUUCAGGAAUGAAUAGGGAAAAAACCACAGACAAACCCAAAUUUAAGAAGACGAGUAUUGUUUCUCCAAUAACCAUGUCCCAAACAACAAAGCACCAAAGUGUUGAUAGGCCUGUUACGAGUGGAUCAGUAUCAGAAAUAGACACGACUACCGAAAACUCAAAUACUCAAUCGAAACCAACCUCUACCUCAAGCAACAACGUACCAAACACCACAGACGGCAAAAAAGUUCUGACGGAUUCCGACGGAUCGAAGAAAGUAUCAGAAAACCAGGAUAAUGCAACAUCUAACACAGAGAAAGACAAUACGGAGAUUCCAUACACUAAUGAUGUUUCAAACAAUCCUGACAAUAUCCCUUAUACGAAUGAAGUACAUUCCGAAGAUACCAAAGAUACUACGGAUGAAGUGGUGGUGGUAACAACCGAUACGGUUCCAGAAACAGAAACUACUAAAAAAAAUGAAAAUACUCCGUCAAAAGCAAACAAUGGUUCUGGUAUUUCGGAUUUAGUGCCCGAGAAGAAGAACAACACUAAAGAAGAAUCACUUUCGAAUAAAGAUAGUACUACCGAAACAAGUACAAAGACCACACCUAGCAAACUGGUACCCAACCUGCCAAAUAACAUUCUUUCUUUGAACCAAACAAAUGGUAAACCAUCAUCAGAUAAUCAACUUGUUGAUGGUUCUGGUGCGUCCAAGAAAGUGUCAGAAAAGCAGGACAAGGCAACAUCCAAUACAGGGAAUAAAGAUUCAGACAUUCCAUACACCAACGAAGUUUCAAAUCAAAAGGAAAAGCCAACCUCCAACACGGGAAACAACAAGAAUCCGGAUAUUCCAUACACCAACGAAGUUUCAAACCAAAAGGAAAAACAAGUCAAUGCCCAGGAUAAAAUAAAAAAUAAGGACAGUGUUGAGCUUGUAACUAGUGUUAUUUCUGGAACAGAAUCGACCACCACCAAAACCAAAAUUCCUACCAAGGAACCUCCGAACAGUGCAGCAAAUGAUAAAAGCAAAGCAAAAAUAACUCCAACAAAACCCACGGUGGUGGCGGAACGUCCUAUUAUAAUAAAUCCAGAAGACCUCAUACCAAACGGGGACAAUUCUGCGGAAACAGGCAAGCAUACUGAUGAUAAAAAGCCAGAACCAUUAUUGCCAAAACCUGAAAAACCUUCUACCAAAUCACCAGUAGGUGUUGAAACUACAACAGUGAAACAAGCCUCCACUGAUAAAGUUACAUCUGCAAAACCCAUCAAAUCAACAGAAAAAUCCUCCAACUCUGGUCAAAAUAUCCCCCCCACUCCAAUUUCGAAAGACAAUGAUAACUCAAAAACGACAACAACAGAAAGUACAACUGAUAAACAAAGUAAUAAAGAAUGUGAAAAGGGUCAAUCUCUAGGUACUAUUGUUGGUUCUGCAGCAAAAGUUGGAGCCUUAGGAGGAUCAGCAGGGGCAGCUGGAGCCAUGUUCCCACAAAUAUUAAAUCUAAUCAAAAAUUUAGCGCAGAAAAAGGAUGGAGGUGACGAUAAAAAUAAAAAAGAUGAUAAUAAUAAAAAAGAAGAUGAAAAUAAAAACGAAGAUGAAAAUAAAAACGAAGGUGAAAAUAAAAACAAAGAUAAAAAUGAAUCAGAGGACUCAGAUAGUAAAGGGGGCCAAAAUGAAAAAGAUGAAGAUGCAAAUUCCGAAUCUUCUCAAGAUAUCGUAGACAAAAAACUUAGUAAGAUGGAAAAUGAAAUAGAUGACAAAAUAAAUAAUUUACAUGAUACUAUCACAAAGAAUAUUGAUAAUAGAUUAAAUGAAGUAGGAACUGGUAUUGUACAAGAUCUAAAAAAACAAAUAAUAUACGGCAGAGGCACUCUAUUUCAAAAUGUUACGUCAGCAUUAGUUAAAGGCGACAAUAAUGUGUUUAGAAACAUGAGAGGUAGGUUAGAGAAAGCUACAGAUAGUUUAGUUGGUGAUGUUAAAACAACACUCAAAACUACCAUCGAAGAAGAUGAAGAUUUGAAGAAAAUAUCGAAAUUUUUACCAAAUGAUGAAGUUGAUAUGAAUAGCAAAAAUGUAGGAAAUGUUCUAGAUGAGAAUAGAACAAACGUUCAACUUUUAUUUAUAAAUGAGAAAGCCAAAACACGUCGGCUAUCGUGGCCAGCUACUAGAAAUGACUAUUUAGGAAAUGCAAGUUCCUCAGAAAACAUAGAUGAAGUACAAAGUGAAACAACAAAGAACGAAGCUUCUUCUUCUAGAAAUAAAGAAGAAAGUUGCAUUGUACAAAUAGAUGAAAAUGAAGCAGGGUUGGAACAAAGUGUUAGUUAUUUACCAGGAGCCACUACAAGAAGAACUAAUGUUUUAAGUUUCUUUAGAAGAAUAUGGAAUAAGUGUUGCGACUUAUGAAAUAAUGGUGAAAACUGCCGUAUCGUGAACAUUAAACAGAAAAUUUUCAAAAAUAUAUUUAUGUUAAAAGUUCAUUUCCUGCUCAUACAAUUUUAUAUUGAGAAAUCAAUUCUGUUGGUCAUUUAUGAAGUAAAUUAAAUGAAAUCAAUCAAUAUGAAUGAUAUUUAUUCAUUAAUAUUUUGUCUCGAAACAUAAUUCAUCGCUAACUUCUACAUGAAUUUACAACUGAUGUUGAACAUACAUUUUCAUUUACAAUGAAUUAUAAAUUAUUUUAUUUCAUAAGAUAGUAGUGGAAUCAAUUGAUCACAACAAAUCUCAAUGGAAACCAUAUUAUCAGAUCUAUUUUAUGUUGCCAGGUUACUAACAAUACAAACUUCUAACAAUCCACUCAAUUUAAUAAAGAUGACGUUGGAGUGCUUCAAUACAAAAGUAUUCUCUACCAAAAAUUGUUGGCAUACAAUUCUAUUUGUAUGCAUACUACAAGUGUGUUUAUUAUUCUGUUAUUUGCUGAGUUAUGUUUUAGCAUUACUCCAUAUAAUAGUGAUAUCCAGUUUGAUCUGCAUGUUGAGAAUCUUCAUCUUGAUGAAACAUUAUUCUAGGUUUCAAGUUAUUUGUAUUUUUUAGAAGUACAGGCCAUAAAAAUAAAUAAAAGACUAUGUUGAUAAUAGAUACAA